UGGGCUCAGGCCCCGGGCCCGGCCUUGGUCCUGGUGCCGAUGCUGAUUCGGUCCCGGGGCGCAGCCGUAGGCACGGGCACAUCCCUGGCACUGUCAUCGCUGCUGUCACUGCUGCUGUUCGCCGGGAUGCAGAUGUACAGCCGGCAGCUGGCCUCCACCGAGUGGCUCACGAUCCAGGGCGGGCUGCUGGGCUCUGCGCUCUUCGUCUGCUCCCUCACUGCCUUUAACAACCUGGAGAACCUCAUCUUUGGGAAAGGCUUCCAGGCCAAGAUAUUCCCUGAGAUCCUCACCUGCCUCUUGCUGGCCCUAUUCGCCUCUGGCCUCAUCCACCGGGUCUGUGUGACUACCUGCCUCAUCUUCUCCAUGGUCGGUCUCUAUUACAUCAACAAGAUCUCAUCCACUCUGUACCAGUCCACAGCGCCUGUUGCUGCUCCUGCCAAGGCUGUUGGCAAGGGCAGGAAGAGAAAUUGAUGUCUUGCUGCCCCUUCCUGGGGCAGCCCCCUCCCUGUGGCCGAUCCAGGACUCCCCCCUGCCCAAUAAAGCCAUUUC